AUGGAGAGGCCGCUCAUCGAAGUAUCAGACUCAGAGUUUCUUCUAGACUUUAUGCUCAAUUCCAAAUGCCGAGCCAACGUCCGCCUCAGGUCUCUCCCCGCCACUACCCCAAUAGCAUUCAAGGUCCAAACUUCAUCGCCGCACAAGUUCCUGGAUUUUAAGCUCAAGGUUGCCUUUCUUCUCCGGCACGCUGUCAGCAGUGGGGAUGUUAACUCUGUGAAGAAUAUAAUAAAGAGGCAAAGGUCGAUACUUUCUGAGUUGUCACCGAGAGAGGCUGAGUCGCUCCUUCGAGUUGCUACUGAGUUGGCUGACCCUGAGGGUAUGGUGAACUUACUGCUUGAAGCUGGGUUGAAGAUUGACGCACGGGCGAAAGCGGAUGAUGUGGGCUUUCAUCAAAUGGACGCAAAGUGGCAAUCCAAAGGCUGGAGCGAGCUGCACGUGGCAAUAGCAUUUGAUCGGACGGACGAAGUUUUGGAUUCAUUGGAUAGUUUUGGGCCAUUGGAUUUGAGAGAUAAAGAAGGAAGGACACCGUUGCAUUUGGCGGCAGGUAGAGGGAAUAUCAAGUGCGCUAGGGUGUUGGUGGAAUCCGGUGCAGAUAAGGAUGCUAAGAGCAAAGAUGGCAGGACUGCACUGUAUAGAGCAGCGGCAAAUGGUGACCAUAAGAUGGUAGAGAUGCUAAUUGAGAUGGGUUCUGACCCACAAUCGCAGAUAAUCAUAGCCGUUCAGCUUUUGAUGUUGCUCGGGACAAGGGACAUGUAA